GGUACGUCAGCUGUUUUGUUAGAGGUGCAUGUAUCGGGAAUAGUAUAUUGUUGACUGGAGGGGCACUUCGCAGUUUGUUAGUCUGAUCAUAUUUCUUUGUUUAUUUGAUGUGCAGAAUCGUACUAUCAUCAUAGAAAACGUCCUGCCGCGAGUGAAAAAUCACGACACGUUGAGAAACGGCUAAGAAAAUUAUAGUAAAGACUGUAAAUUGUCUGGAAAACCCGUUGGAAAUUGAUUCUCACGAGAAGGAGUAGUGUUCGCAAAGGCGUCCGUCCGACUGUAGUGUUCUGUGCUACCACUUCAGGAGGUUUGGGACGUUCCGCUUCCUGGAACAGACUGCAACUCUACUUCCAGAAAAAAAAAUAUGGCACAAACAACGAGUAGCGCUUUAAGGGCACUUGCCCUUGAAUAUAAAAGUCUUCAAGAGGAACCCGUCGAGGGAUUCCGCGUGAAACUCGUUAACGAGGACAACAUGUUUGAGUGGGAAGUGGCUAUCUUCGGGCCCCCGGAUACUCUUUACCAAGGAGGAUACUUCAAGGCACACAUGAAAUUCCCUCCGGAUUAUCCGUACAGCCCGCCCAGCAUUCGGUUUAUGACGAAAGUUUGGCAUCCGAACGUGUACGAGAAUGGAGAUCUAUGUAUAUCGAUUCUGCAUCCACCAGUGGAUGAUCCACAAAGUGGUGAACUGCCAUGCGAAAGGUGGAAUCCGACACAAAAUGUUAGGACGAUCCUGUUGUCCGUGAUAUCGUUACUGAACGAACCGAAUACGUACAGCCCUGCCAACGUGGAUGCCUCUGUAAUGUAUAGGCGCUGGCGCGACUCCAAGGGUAAAGACAAAGAGUAUGAAAAUAUCAUAAGAAAACAGGCGCAAGCAGCGAAGAUGGAAGCUGAGAAGGAGGGGAUCGUCGUGCCGGUAACGUUGGAAGAUUAUUGCAUUAAAACUCAUGCGAGGCCGGCCGAGCAACAGUUAGACAUGACGGAUUUCUAUGAUGACGAGUACGAACUGGAUGACGACGAUGAUGACGAACAAAUGAGCGCCAGCGAUUACGAAGACGGUGACGAUAGUGGCAACGGAGAGUCGUGAUCCAUUUUCUGAAACAAUUAAAUAAACUCGAAAACGCUAUAAUUAUUAUCAGUUCUGUAUAGAUUAAUAAAUUAACGGGCUUCUAAACCGGACGCUCUCUCUUUUCAGACGUGCCACCUAAAUAUUCAAAUCACACGGUCAAAAAAGAAAAAAAAGGAAAUUAUUCGUCGUUUAGAUGUUUAAGACAGAGUUUAAAGUAACGUUGAUUAUUGCAUUUAAUUCGUUGUCGCGAUGUUUCAGGCAGAAUCAACGAUUUAUCACUACUAUUGUUUUUUUUUUAAUAAUCAUUCGAGAUCGAAUAUGAUGAGAAAUUGAAUUGAAUUUUGAUUUUAUCGUUUAUAAAAAUUCCAAUCGAAAAAUAUAUUGCGACGCGAAGAGAAUGAAAUGACCAUUUCAUUGUAAAUCGGAAAAGAUUUGAAGAAGAUUCAAAGAAUCAAAAAAAAAAAAAAAAAAGAAAAAAAAAUUAUGUUUUAAGAAAUUAACUCGGUGAAUGAAAACCAAAAUUCUGUAUGUUUUUAAUUUUAAGAUUGCGUUAAAUUAUCGAGAAUGUCGUGUUUAUAAGCUCUUUAACUUAAGCAAUAUUACGGUAUGAAAAUGAGUACUUUGUUUAGAGGCACUGUGCUUGUUGUGUUUGUGGUUGGCACGUCGAUCUUUUAACUAGAUAAAAAAGUAAAAAAAAAAAGGACCAAUUGAUUUACCUUAUGGUGAUCAUUGAUGAGCGUUCGAUAAAAUUAAUCAUAACGAAAAGUACAAUGGAUUGGGCUGGCUCAAGUCUUCUUUAACCGUGUGUCGUAUUUGAAAUUAUCAAUGGGUAUAUCAAUUGAUCCUGCAUUUCGAAUUCUUCGGUAAAAUUUACGUUUAAAUAAAAUGAAAUUUCUCUGUGUUUCGUAUGAUUAUUUAUGUUGUACAAGCUAAAAACAGGAAAUUCGAAUGUGUGAGGAAGAAAAAAAAAAAAAAGGAAACAAACUGCCAAAAAAGACCUGUUAAAAAACAUUCUUCGUAGUCAUAAAUUUUAUUUAUUAGACACAAGUCAAUGAUGUUCGAAACUUCCGAAUGUUUUUUCUCUCUCGAUUGAAACCGCAUAUAACCGAAUAAUUGAUUUCAUUUUUUCUUUUUUUUUUUUUUUUUUUUUUUUUUUAUACAUGCAGAUUUAUGUAAGUUUAAAUAUUACUCCUGUAAGUACUUCUUUAUUACGAAGCUACGAGGAUUGUAUUUUAUUACGAUAAUUAAUAGUUUAACAUUUUAGAGCAGGUCUUUAGACAGCUUGUUUAUUCAUUAUUAUUAUUAUUAUUCAUGUUUAAAACAUUUAUAGUAUAAUUUUUCCUACGAUCGAUAUAUUUUUAAGUUUCAAUGAUUUAUCUCGUUAACUAAAUUGCUAAAUUUUUUUUUUUUUUUUGAGAAAAGUACUGAUGUACGUUUAUUAACUUCUACGUGCAUUGCGCUACAUCCACAAAGUUAGUUUAGCUUAAUAACAAUUAUUAAGAUCUCUUGAUGUUAAGUAUUAUCUUUCACACGGGGACGAAGCUUUGUAGGUGAAAUUGAUUAAACAUAAGCUUACUACUUAAGUGAAAGGAAUACCCAGAUACAGCUAACCUACUCUGUGGUAGUGUAUCUGUGCUCGUACGACUGAAAUUGUAAAUAGUACAUGAAACUCAAUCUUAAAGACAUGAAAUGUGUAAAUGGUACUUCUAUCUUCGUUCUCCAUUAGCCAUUUUAUUAAAAGACCAAAAUUAAGUGUUGAAAAAAUGUUAAACGAUAAAAUAAAAGCAAAAAGAAUAUUUAAAUUUCAAUAUUGUCUAAAGGAAACAUAUAUUCAGCGCUUGUAGUAGUAUAGCAAAAAGUAAAUAUUCCCUAGUUCCUUGACAUAAAACUGUAAAACCUUUUUUUCAUUUCAUGUUGUCCCUAGUUACUUAAUAAUAGAUGAAACUGUGUAAGACACUGACAUAACACUAAUAAUUUGUAUACUACAUAAUUCUUUUCUCCUUUUUUUGUACAUACCAAUAAAAUCUCUUCGUACAAUUUAA